AACGGUCGGUUUUAGAACCAGUGCAGUCGCAGUGUGAAGCAGCUGUCGCGCGCGCGAGAGUGUGUUUAGGCGCCCUCCCCCGAAGUGUUCCUGUCCUGAAAUAACAAGCACACUUCCUUUAAGUCACACUAACCAAUGGCGUCCUCAAAAACACCUCCAGAAAUACCACCACGUAGACACAGUUCAACCAUAUCAUUAAACAAAAAUUCUAUCUCAGACUCUCAGCCCUAUUCAUCUUCAACUAUAGAACGUAGACAUUCAUCAUCCAUUGAUGACAACUCAUAUUGUGAGAAUGAUGACAUAUCUAUAUCCUCUACUGGGAAAAUUCCAAUAGUGCCCGCCAGACGGAUUCCCGGUCCGCCAACAAUAAGCCCUCGCCCUCGCCCUCAGUAUAAACUACCCCCUCCGCCGCGCGCCAGUGAAUCACUAAUAGAUCGUCCAGCAACCAAAGAUUUUGCUGAAGAACAAAUAAAAGAUUUACAACAAGUAUCUAAAGAUACGCGACCUGUAACUCCACCACAUCCUCAACAAUCGUCUAACUUACAAUUACAACAACCUAUGCAGCCCCAGCAACUACCUCCGCAACCUCCACAAUUACGAACCAGACGAUUUAAAGUACCUCCUCCUAUCAAAUGCAUUGCUGAUCAGUUAUUAGAUGGUGGUAGUCGGGAAAGUUAUGAGAUGAUGACACCAAUGACAGCAGCAACCAUGUCACCAAAUCGACAAGAUAGUGGACAUUGGAGUGACUCGUAUAGUGUAAACUCUUCACCAGGUUAUUCAACAAAAAGCAUGGAAACACCACUACUAUCACAUAAAAUUCUUCCAUCGCGAUCAAAUAAAAAACGUUUUAUACUAGAUCGAUAUGUCGUGUGUGAUCAAUGGAAUGGACGAGCUCGGUUCUCACCAGCAAAUAGUGGUCAAAUUUGUUCGAGUAGUACUGAACUGACGAAGAGUCAUUCAACACCAGCCAGUUUACAAGCAGUAGUGGAAUUUGAAGAAAACUCACCAAACUCUUUAAGACAUCGAGUAAUGGGAACUGAAACGAUCGAUGUCACUGAAGUUUUCAUCAGAUUACAGCGACGACAAGUUCUCUACAAUGCCGCAAUUUUGAUAUUUAUAACAGCCCUUUUAAUUUGUUUUGUGAGAGUCGGUAUACCGGACAGUAAUCCGGCACCUGUAGCUGGCAACAAAAUUGCAUCAAACAUUGUGAGAAAUGGUGACACUAAUAGUCUAGAAAAAGACAUAAAGUCUACCGACAAACAUGGACCAGAUCCAUUACGAGUGGUGACGACCACUGCUGAUGAACCAAUAACUAAAAUCAACGUUGUCACAGCUUCAUCGUACGACAUUCCAUUUGUACACCCCAUUCCUAGUCUUACCGAUUACGCCAAAAGCACUUGCCUACCGUCUUUUUGCCAAAACGUCACUUCCACUUUAGCACAGUUCCUGCACACUGUACCCUUCAAGAAAGAAUACGACGCUAAAGAAAUGAUAGCACUGGAAUCUGUAGUCAAUGUCCGAUGUUAUGAACUCACAGCUUUGUACUUUUGUUCAUUGUUUGUAUCAAAGGGUUGUGGAAAUCGAAGAGUAAAACCAUGCCAAUCACUUUGCUAUGAAACAAUUCGUAGCUGUGGAUUUUUUUUUGACAUAUUUGAAGCUUAUUAUGAACACCGACAAUGUUCACAAUUUCCAAACGACAUAGACAACCCACACGUCUUUUGUGUUGGUCAUAAAGAAGUAGCAAAUGUAAAAAAAAUGAAAUCAUUAGGGCAUUGUCGAGAAGGCUUUAAAUGUGAUAAAAAACGGUGUAUUCCUUCAGAUUGGAGAUGUGAUGGUCAUUUUGAUUGUGAAGAUCAUACUGACGAAAUGAAAUGUUCACAAUGCCCUGAUCAAUUGUUUUGUGGCGCUGGAAAAUGCAUCGCUACUGAACAUAUUUGUAAUGGCGUGUCAGAUUGCGAAUGGGGCCAAGACGAACGGAAUUGUGUCCGAUUGAAUGGUCAAAUGGGUGAGAGGGGAGAAGGAACUUUGGAACUGUACACUCCAAACACCACCUCAUGGCGACCAGCAUGUAUACAGAGUUGGGAUCCUACGUUGUCACCCGUUAUAAUAUGUAAUAUAUUGGGAUACAAAACUGCAUCCAAAAGCGAACUUGGAAAAAACAAUAAAUUACUAGCAAUGGUAAAAUACAAUCAAUCUUUAGAAUAUUAUGAAGAAAAUAAAGUGACUGUGUACAGAGAAAUACGCGACUGUCCUGACUCAUUUUUUUACCCAUCCAUAAGUCUAUCAUGUUCAAAUUUCGAAUGUGGAGUUAGGAGACGACCUCAAACCAUAUUUCGACAAACAAGAAUUGUAGGUGGAAGACCAUCACUUCCUGGUGAUUGGCCAUUUCUUGCAGCAAUACUAGGAGGACCUGAUGAGAUAUUUUAUUGUGCAGGAGUACUCAUAUCGGAGCAAUGGGUUUUAACUGCAGCUCAUUGUACAGGGAGUCGAAGUAUUUCAAUAUCAGAUGAUCUCAAUGAAUGGACGAUCCAAUUAGGUAUGACAAGGAGACAUGCACAUUCUUUUUUCGGUCGAAAAGUAAAAGUAGAAAAGAUAAUCAGACAUGAAAUGUACAAUAUAGGACCAGUUCAACAUGACAACGACAUUGCAAUUUUUAAGUUGAGUGAAAAACUAACAUUUCACGAAUUCUUACUGCCUGUUUGUUUGCCGCCUCCAAAUAUGGUUUUAAAACCUAAUAUAACUUGCACAGUUAUAGGAUGGGGAAGAAGGAACGGCCUUGAAGGAGCUGAUUAUGAACCAACAGUCAAUGAAGUACAAGUGCCUGUAUUAGAUAGGGAUUUAUGUAACACAUGGUUAAGGCAAAAGGAUGUUAACAUAACUGAAAAUAUGGUGUGUGCAGGUUAUGAACAAGGUGGAAAAGAUGCAUGUCAGGGUGACUCUGGAGGUCCUUUGCUUUGUCAAAUGGAAGGAUUCAAAGAUCGAUGGUUUGUAGGUGGUAUUGUUAGCUGGGGUGUUGAAUGUGCAACACCAAGUCUUCCAGGCGUAUAUGUCAACGUACCUAAGUAUACAGAAUGGAUAACGAAACAAAUUGAAAACGAAGCACUAAUGGAGGAUGGAGAUUAUUGGAGGAAAUAAUAUAAUUAGCUAAUAAAUUAUCGAUUAUACCAGAAACCUUGUCUAUCAAAUUGAAAACUAUGCAAUGAAUAUUUGCAUAAUCUGAUUAAUUCGAUAUCAUUUUAUUGAUUGGAGCCGCAUAAAUGCAAAACUUAAAAGAACAUUAAUGAUAUUUACAAACAAAAGAGCUAUCAGUUAAUUGAUUCAUGAUUCAAUUAUUAUUACUUAAUUUACAAACCUUUUGGGUUCAAAUCAUUUUUGAGAGACCUACAAUAAUUCAUUUUGGUCGUACGGAGAUUACACAAUUUUAGGGGGUUGUUUUAAGACAUAAAUCUAGUAUCUAGUAUAACAGAUCUAAAAAAUAUUAACAAUUUCCCAAAUCUUGGGAUAAGUGCUAAAAUAGAUAUACAAUCAAAGUCCAUCCGUCCAUUUUGAUGAAAAUUUUAACUCGUAAAAAAAAUUUAUUAUCUCAAUGGUUUGAUUUUAAGCUUAUAAUAUUUUCUAUUUUAAGUUGAACAAUUGCAAAAGAUAUAUUCAGUUUUAAUUUAAAUAUUACCAUUAAACAAUUAAAGACUUACAUAAUUUUAAUUCUAUUAAGAUUGAAAAAUGGUAUGUAUAGAUAAAAUAAUAGAUUUUCUUAGUACAAUUUUACUAGAUUCAUUAAAUCAAAUAGGUAUAAACUCAUCAGUAUUUUCGAUAAAUUCUUAAUUUUGCUCAUUGUUUAAAUAAUUGUACUAAUUUUAAAGAGUUAAUGUGUUCCCAUACAUAAAAUUGCAAAGUUUUAAUUGAAGCGUCAAACAAUCUUAUGUGAAGCAGAAACCCGAUCCUUACGAACAAUUUUAUUUAACUUAAAUUUUCCAUAAUGGGAUCGCUUGAUAUUCUCGGAAACGAUGGUGUUUUAUAGACAAUAAAAAAUUGCUUUAAAGACAAUAUAGUGAGAUUUUUUUACUAAGGUUUCUAAUAAAAUUAAAAAUAAAUGAAGUAGAAUUUUAAAGUCAUUAUAGUAGUUAUAUAUAUUAACUAGUAAUUAAAAACUUAAUUGAUAAGCUAAAAUUAUGAAAAAGUAUUUUUAUAUAAGACACGUUAUGUGUUAAAACUAAAUCUUUGAACGUUGUGCUUUUUAAUACAAUUUGUAAUAUGUACUAUUGUUAAGAAAAUUUGUUUCAGAAUAAUGGUUAAUUUUAUUUUAUUGACUGCUAUAAUGGUCGCUCAUUAUAGUAGAUUUUACUUUCUAACAAAAGUUAAACAUCAAAAAGUGUAUCCAAAAAACUAUAAAAUUUUAUACUUUAUCAUUGAAAAUCAUUUUCUUACAAACUAUUUUUGCAAAAGAGAGGAUAUGCGUCCUAAAAACAUUUAGACAAUAAAACUAAGAUUGCUCGAAUUAAAUUAAUUGUUAUGAGCUUUUCUAUAAUAUUUUUAUUAUUUAUGUGACUAGUAAAUUAACUUUAUUUUUUAUUUUUUCUUGCCUAUAUUACAUUUAAAAAAAUACUCAAAUAAGAAUAUAAUAUCGUAAAUUUCCAAAUUAAAUGUAAUGAUGUACUUACAGGUUGUGAUGAGCCGAUUAUAGAUAUAAUAGUUAUUACUUGUGUUUUGAAAAUUUAGAUAGUAUAUAUUUGUAGGUAAUUUUUAACAUGAGAAACCAUUAUCUUUUAUUGUGUUUAAAUGUUAAGUAUAAAAGUAACUAUAUUUUAGUAUACAAUUGAGACAACUCUAAAUUUAGCUCAAGCUUCAAAUGUGAUUAGUUAAAAAAAUAGACAGUUUAUUAUAUAAUAAACACAUACAAUUGUAGCUAACAUUGUGAAACAAUUGUAAAGAAUUACACAUAAGAUAUGUUUAAAGUGUGGAUUGUGAAUAGAAUUGAAAAUAGAUUAUAUAAACCGUUUUUAAUAGGUCAUUUAUACAAAGUAUAAAAGUUAAAAAAAAAUCAUUUUGUGCUAUUUAAUCUAAAAAAUUUUAUUUUAAGAAAUUGUUCUUUCGUAUGGAAAAGUUUGGAAUAAUUUAAUAUAAUUUAAAGUAUGAAAACAAAAACUAUAAAUUAUGCAAACAACUAUUAUAGGUAUAUUAAUCAAGAAUAAAUUCAUUAAAGUGAGUUGGAAAUUACAGUAUUAACCGACUUCUUAUUUUUCUUUAAAUUAUGUUAUUUAAAGUUAAUACUUUUUUUUAAUUUUGUCAACCUCGUUAAAUAUAGAAAAAACAACAUAUAAACAUAUAAAAUAAAAAACAAUAUUUACUCCGAUUUAGUAUUUAUAGUAAUAUUAUUGGUAUAAAAUUUAACAAUCAUAAAACAUUUAAGUGAAAAUAUAACUAGUAAAAUAAAUUCCAUAAAUUUAUAUAUUUCUACACAGAACAAUUUAAAUUUUUGUAAAAAUAGGUAAAACUAUAAAAAUAAAAUAUUAUAGAAAAUUUUUUAAUUUAAACUUGAUUAAAAUAAAACAUUACUGUAAUAUAUUCCAAAUAUAUUAGUAAAAUAUAACAUUUCAAUAAUUUAUAAACAUAUCUGAUAAAACAAAAUAUGAGAUCAAAUAUAACAUUUUUUAAUUGAGAGAGUUUUUUAGAUAAAUUUGACGAAUAAACUUCCCAUAAAAGUUUAACUUAAAGGGUAGCGUGGAAUUAAGAGCUAGAAAUAUAUUUUUGGCCCUAUUUUAUCUAGGCUACAAUAAUUAUGUAUAUAAUUUCACUGUUAAAAUAUUUUAUUUCAUUUUUAACUAUCCUAAAUUCUAUCUUUAUGAAAAAUAGGUAAAUUAUUGUUAUACAUUAUUUAACAAUUUUGGAAAUUGAAAAUAUAUGAUUUCAACUUACAAAUACUUAAAAGGUAGUAUUCAUAAUAAUUAUUUCAACUAAAUUAAUUUGGUUGUUAAUUAUUUUUUAUUAUAUUAUAAGUAAUUAACUUUAUUUAACCAUUUGUUUUGAAUGCCUUAUUCUUAUUUGAACAACAACAAAAAUGUUUUUCCAAAAUAUUAUGUUUGUACUUAAGUUUUGUUUUGUUAAACUAUGUAUAUUUUUAACAACUGAUUUAACUAAUGUAAAUGUAAUUGAUAAGUGCAGAAAAUGAAAGUCAUAGUUACCAUGAACAAUGAUGCCUUAUAUUAUGAAUCAUUGAAAAUAUUAUUGUAUGAAAAAGAUUAUUAUAAAAUUAGAUUAAGAUUCAUCUAUAUUUUACAAAACAAAAAAAAGGAAAAUGUUACCAAUGUUUAAUGAUUUAAAGUUAUAAUACUAAAUGUUCAUAUUUUAAUGACCUAUUAACAAGCUGUAUUUAGUACACAAUGAACCAAUAUAUAGAAAAUUUAGGAUACUAUAAUAUAACAAUAAAUUUAUU